UCUAUUCCAGUCGCAAUUCGAGGCGUUGCGGCGGUGUCAAUAAAAGCGUUCAUAUGAGCUUUCAGAAAAAGGUUUACUUCCAGAAAUAUCGCGACCAGCCUAAUGGUGCUGAAACAAUUCGACAUGGACUUCAUUUUACGCCAGCAGCUCACAAGCGAUGAACUGCCGCCAUGGGCCGGGAUCGUGUUUAAGUAUCCGGUAGACUCCGAUGACCUUUCAGAAAAGCUGAGGGCUGCCUACCCAGAUUGCAAAACCCAUCGGGAGCGAAAGCAUCGAGCUACUAUCGAUUUCCUUAACGCCGAACUGUCGCGGAUGCAAUCAGGAAGCUCAAUCAUAGACCCCAACUCUCCAAGCAACGUCAAACACCCAACACAGGGGUCUACACCAACCGCUGCCAGAUUACACGCAGAAGUAUUAUCAGAGGGUACCGAAAUCUUGAGCGCUUCUGAUGGUACGCCGUCUUCGUUGAUAGAAUCCACGAUUUCCCCAAAACUGGCAGAGCGAAUCAGAAAAGCGUCACAAGCUACCGCAGAUUCGGAACAAUCGCAAGCUCAUGCAUCUCCGACCGCCGCACAACAAUUCGUUUGGAGCGCGCAUGAUGGUCGAUCAAUGCGCCCAAAGACAAAGAGAAAAAUGACGGUCGAAGAACGAAAUGCUUACAAGAAUACGAGGAAACGAGGUGCAUGUGACAAGUGCAGAAAACAGAAAGGAAGAUGUACUCACUUCAAUGAUAAUGACCAAUGGAAAAUUUUGGUAGACAGCAAAAGACGGUCCGCUGAUCUCGAUGCGCCUUCUGAAGAGGGCAUGAAGUUGAUCAAGAUGGAGUAUUCUUCCGAUGUCCAUCAUAGACCCUCGAGCGGGCAAACUCUUGAGGUUGAGCGAGCCCUGUCCACGAGGCCGCUAUCGAUGUAUGAGCAUGUCAGGCCUCUCGACGAUGCAGCACGUGAUGAACAACGAGUAACUGAUUCUCUGCCAUCAUCUGUAUCCUCACGCUCUGGUAGCAAUGGAAAUUCCGAGUGUCUAACACCCACAAACUCGCGCGCGAAGUCACCGGUCAUUGCGAACGAGAGAGAAUGAGAAGAAACUGGUCUGCGACGAAUACUCGUAGGCAGUAUACACUGAGUAACGAUCGGUACUGAUACGACGAAAUGAGACGGCCAGA